GUCUAUAAAUAAAUAAAUAUUAAAUUGUUAUAUACAGGAUGUAACAUGACAAGGGUUACGACGGUAUUGCCAUGAUCGGCCGCAAAAACUUCUCAUACAACAUGCAUAUACAUGAUAAUUUAAGGGUUGUGGUGACAGUUUGCUGCACAAUAUUUGAAUACGUACCUUAACCUUGCUGAAAAAUGACCUAAAAACUUUUUUGUGUAAAAAACACAGAUUGUUAUUUAUUUGUAUUCAUACUGUAUUGUAGUAUAUUCUAAAAAGUUAAUAGAAACAGUCAAACAAGUUGACUUAUCAUAAAAUAUGCGCCGCAACGGAAACAUAGAAAGGAGACUUUAAAACACUUAUGUCUUGAGUUUUCACUGCCGAAACAAAUGUACAAAAACAUGAAGUAAUCUCUAUUUUAGUAAGGACAAUGAAAGUGAUGACAACACAGUAUUGUAUAGAUGUGUCGAUUUUUAAAAAAUGCUUAUCAAUGUUUUUUGUAACGUACCAUGCAUAAAAAUAGAUGAUAAAAUUUUAUCAUAUCCAAACAACACUUAUUAAACUAAGAUUGAUUGACUUGACGUGUACCAACAACUUUAUUUGCAUUAUUUAAUUUUGUUUUUCGCGAUGCAAGAUCCGAAUAACAGUUUCCCGUUUGAUAUCCGUGAUGUUGAAGGGACCGAUGAUAAAGAAUUGAGUAAAUAUUUCUUGGGUGCAGGGAACUUUAGUAUUCAAGUGGGACCAAAGAAGUAUUUGCUUAUGAGUGACUAUAAACAUGAUGCUGAAAAUAUUUACAACAUGCGGCUAAGAUACGACGACAUAUUCGUUGUUACAUAUCCACGUUCAGGUACAACUUGGACGCAAGAAUUAGUAUGGCUUUUGGCGUCCGAUUUAGAUUAUUCCACUGCAGAGAAGAUUCCGCUCUCGUCAAGAUCUAUAUUUCUAGAAUUUCCCAUGCUAAUGCACAAAAAUAUAGUGGAACAUUUAGAUAAAGAACACGCCGAUAAACCAGAAAAUUUAAAAAACUUGCAACUCAUGAGGACUCCUGGAUCGGAGCAAGUCGCAAGAAUGCCCUCGCCACGCUUCAUCAGGACGCAUCUCCCUCUUUCACUGCUGCCCCCGACUUUGCUCGACACCACUAAAGUUGUGUAUGUGGCGAGGGAUCCACGGGACGUCGCCGUGUCUUACUAUUAUCUCUCCAGCGAGUUCAAAUCAUAUAAUUUUAAUGGCGAUUUCAAAAGCUAUUGGAGGUUAUUCGUCAAAGAUCUAGUGUACUGGUCACCGUUCUUCGAGCAUUUAAAAGAAGCUUGGCAGAUGCGUCAGCAUCCGAACAUGCUGUUUUUGUUCUAUGAGGAAUUAUUACAGAAUUUACCCGCCACAGUGCAACGUGUCGCUGAUUUCUUAGGAAAGGAAUACAAAGCUGACCAGAUAGCGGAACUUUGUACACAUUUGAAAUUUGAAAACUUCAAGAAGAAUCCUUCUGUAGGAAUUGAUAAUUUGAAAGAGUAUGGCAUGAUGGCACCAAAAGGAGAGUUCAUUAGGAAAGGUAAGUCGGGAGGCUGGCGUGACUACUUCGACGAGGAAAUGACGCGCGAGGCGCAGCUCUGGAUUGACAACAACUUGCAAGAUACCGAUAUGCGAUUCCCAUCCAUGCAAUAAAUACAAGUAUUUGUUACGUUAAAAACAUAACUAAAUAAUAGACUUAAUUGGAUAUAACUUUAAUACAAUAAACUAAGUAAUAAAAUGUUUUUUGAUCCAUAACAUAACACUUACAUCGUUUUUAAAAUUAUAAAUUACUAGCUGUCGCCCGCGACUCC